AUGGACCCUCCAAGCGCCAUUGUAGUGGGAGCUGGAGCUGGAGGAAUAGCCACGGCUGCUCGCUUAGCAAAGGCUGGAUACAACGUCACUGUUGUCGAAAAGAAUGGGUUUCUAGGAGGCCGAUGUUCACUCGUUCAUCAUGAAGAAUAUAGGUUUGACCAAGGUCCAUCCCUCUUGUUGAUGCCAGAGGUCUUUUACCAGACCUUUCGUGAUCUCGAUACGUCGCCUGAACAAGAGAAUCUUCGAUUCCUCAAAUGCGAGCCCAAUUAUCGAAUCUGGUUCUCGGAUCAUGAUCACUUAGAACUGUCGACUGAUUUAUGCAAGUUAAAGCCUCAAAUAGAGCAUUAUGAGGGUAAAGAAGGCUUGCAAAAUUUCUUCGGAUUUUUAAGAGAGUCUGGCCGACAUUAUGAUCUCUCUAUGGAACAUGUCUUGUCAAAAGACUUUCCAGACCUUUUGGCUAUGCUACGGCCGAAACUACUGGUGUCAUUGCUUUCUUUGCAUCCGUUUGAAAGUAUGUGGAGCCGUGUCCAACGACAUUUUAAGUCCGAUAAGCUUCGACGUGCCUUUACAUUUGCCAGCAUGUACCUUGGCAUGAAUCCCUUUGAGGCCCCUGGAACAUAUUCCCUGCUACAGUAUACGGAGCUAGCACAUGGUAUAUUUUAUCCCGAGGGCGGAUUUGUGAAGGUUCUAGAAGCUUUGGCCGAUGUUGGAAAGCGGUUGGGCGUGAAGUACCGCUUAAACACUGAAGUCUCAUCAGUUAUUUAUUCUUCGGAAAGCAAAACACGUGGCAUACGGCUUAAAUCAGGUGAAGAGCUUCUCGCCGACGUUGUCGUCAUCAACGCAGACCUUGUUUAUGCCUACAGCAAUCUCCUGCCUCCUACCUCUUACUCUCGAAGCUUGACCAAACGCCUAGCAUCCUGCAGCAGCAUAUCAUUUUUUUGGUCCUUUGAUAGAGUAAUUCCGGAGUUACAGGUACAUAACGUCUUCUUGGCAGAACAAUACAAGGAGAGCUUCGAUGCCAUAUUCCAUCGCCAUCAACUACCCGCCGAGCCAUCAUUCUAUGUCAAUGUCCCAAGCCGGAUUGAUCCAACUGCAGCUCCUAAAGGGAAAGAUACAGUGGUGGUAUUAGUACCUGUCGGCCACCUCGUGGACGAUCCCUCAAAUCCUCAAGACUGGGAUGCUUUGGUAAAACAUGCUCGCGAAGUCGUUUUCAAAACAAUCGAGUCUCGAACGGGGUGCUCGCGAUUGCGUGACAGCCUGCUUCAUGAAUCAAUUGAGACACCUACCAGCUGGGAAACGAAGUUUAAUCUCGAUCGCGGUGCAAUUCUUGGUCUUUCGCAUUCAUUUUUCAAUGUUCUGAGCUUUAGACCCAAGAUCAAGCACGCUGACAUCCGGGGGUUGUAUUUUGUCGGUGCAAGCACACAUCCUGGGGCAGGGGUUCCUGUGAGUUUGUCCAGUGCCAAGAUCCCAGCGGAACACGUAAUAUCCGAGGAUAUUAUGUUAGCUUUCGCGGGCUGGUCACCAGCCGAAAGAAAUGUCUGCCAGGCAAUUCCUAUAGUCCUUUCAGGAGAUGAAUCAGUAGCUGCAAAGGCCGAGGAAAAGUUGAUGGGAGCACUUUCACUAACGGAAUAUGAGGAGCUCGAGCCGCCAAAAGUACGCCUCACCCAAGUACUAGAUAACUGCGCCGGGCUGGGGGAAGCGGAUAUCUCCACCUUCAUUGGCGGUGCGGCCAUGGACAUUGGCAACAAAAAUGGGCAGGAAGCUAGAUGA